UUUUUAUUUUUAUUUUUACGUUAACCUUCUCUCUCUCUCUCUCUCUCUCUCUCUCCGUUCCCUUUUUAAUUAAGUAUUAAGCCGAUACUUGUGGUUUCAUUUUAGGCUAAUGGUAUAAUAUAGACGCUGUCGCCUGUCAUGAACUUUUUACCGAGACGAUUUGGGCGUUUCGGAGGUGCGGCAUUCGCGGCUUUUGGUUCUGCUGUCUUUUGCUCGAGUUAUAAUGAUCGAUUUAGAGCUUCAGUUGCAGUGCGGAUCCGGGAGCCAUUACAGGAUUCCCAGUGGCUGACAUGUCCAGUGCUGCAUGAUUUGUGUCCUCAACAUUUCCCUCUUUCAGACCAAUCUGGAAUGCUUGCGCUGUAUUCUUAUAAAGUUAGUGCUGCUCCUUCUUCGUCUGACAUAUAUAAGGAAGCUUCUGGGGCUGUUUCUGAUGGGUCUAAGCCUCAUGAUUGUUUUGGCAAAGAUACUAUUGCAAAUGCAGCUGCCAAAGUUGGGCCUGCUGUUGUUAACAUUGCAGUUCCAGAAGAUUUAUUUGGUAUUACUAGGGGAAAGAGUAUAGGUUCGGGAACAAUCAUCAACAACGAUGGAACAAUCUUGACAGCUGCGCAUGUUGUAGUUCAUUUUCAUGGCAGCAGAGGUUCGUCCAAAGGGAAGAUUGAAGUCACUUUGCAAGAUGGAAGAACAUUUGAGGGGAAAGUGGUAAAUGCUGACCAGCAUUCAGAUAUUGCUAUUGUGAAAAUCAAUUCUGAAACCCCACUACCAGAAGCUAAACUUGGUUCGUCAAGUAAGCUACGUCCUGGGGAUUGGGUAAUAGCCAUGGGUUGUCCGCUUUCUCUUCAGAAUACUGUCACUGCAGGAAUUGUAAGUUGUGUUGACCGCAAAAGUAGUGACUUGGGAUUUAGUGGUUUGCCGAGAGAAUACUUACAAACUGAUUGUGCAAUUAAUAUGGGAAAUUCUGGAGGGCCUCUUGUCAACAUGGAUGGAGAAGUUAUUGGGGUGAACAUCAUGAAAGUGGCUGCUGCUGAUGGGUUGAGUUUUUCUGUGCCAAUUGAUUCUGUGUGUAAAAUUUUAAAGCAGUUCAAGAAAAGUGGGAGAGUAAUACGGCCUUGGCUUGGUCUAAAGAUGCUUGAUCUUAACGAGAUGAUUAUUGCACAGCUUAAAAAAAGAGAUGCUUCAUUCCCUAAUGUUAGUAACGGCAUUCUUGUACCAAUGGUAACUCCAGGAUCCCCUGGAGAGCGUGCUGGUUUCUGUCCUGGGGAUGUUGUCAUUAAAUUUGAUGGAAAGCCUGUCGAAAGAUUGGAAGAGGUUAUAGAAAUAUUGGGGGACAAAGUUGGGGUGCCCAUUAAGGUGCUAGUUAAAAGAGCCGGUGAUAAAUUGGUGACUUUAACUGUCAUCCCGGAGGAAGCCAAUCUUGAUGUGUGAGAGAUUGGAGGUGAAGAGCAUGUUCGAUGGUAAGGAUUUAGAGAACGUUAUUUAAAGCAAAAUCAGUUGGUGUUCUGGAAGAAAGCAAUGUAUCUAAUGGCUGGGGAUGUCCCAAGUAGUGAAAGUUAAAGUCAUACAACUAAUAGGGGGAAGGCACGAACACUAAAUCUAAGUAGAGUUCAAAGUAAGAUUUUUUACUCUUUUUUUUAUAUAUUGGUGGAACUUUUGGAUAUCCGAAGUGGCUAUUCAUUAAACUUGAUAACAUGAGGAAAUAUGAUAUUUGCAAACCAUUCCUUACACCAACUUAUGAAUUGUGGCUGAUUAAAUGGUUUUACAUAA